AUGAUGAUGAUGGACAUGGGCAUGUACGGAACCUACGGCAAGUCUGACUCCUAUCCCAAUUACGGUUUCGCAAGUCAAGUUAGCCAAACCACUGGACACGUGUCAGUCUCCUCGUCCCCAGAGCUGGCACCGACCCACUACUAUCCCCAGUCAGCGAUUGCUCCAUACUCCUCAGCAUCUUCCGAUGCUUUUUUAGCUUCGGAUUCUGGAGCCUCGAGCACCCCUCCACAGAGUUUUUACUCUCCGACUGGAGCCGUUUUACAUGAAGAUGGAACUGCUAUCAUAUCUUCGGAAAACGGACUCAGCUACACGAAUUUGGACUAUGCUUCAUCUUCCUCCUACCCGGCGCAGCAUGCAAACUGUCAUCCUGCUGAUCCCCAUCCCAGUUACCAUGUGCAACCUUCUGGGUACCGGGAAGACCAUCGGCAUCAUGGACCUACAAUUCAUCCUGGAUCGGUAGUGUCCCAUGCGAGGGCUGAUCAUGAACAAAUUCACCAUCAGCAAUCUAGUCAUCACCAUGAGCCAGAUUAUCAGAUCUCGCUUGCAUCGUCGAAUUAUCUGCAUCAGAUUCCUGCGGAUGAAUCGUUGCAUUAUGGGCAGCCAGGGAUUAGGCAGACGGAGUAUGCUCCUCAUCCGACGGGACAUUACAAGGAGGAAAGCCCUGAUCCCUCUGGGUAUCAUACCCUGCAACAGAGUGGACAUAGUCUUCAUGGACAUGCUCAUCCACAUCAUCAUCAACAGAAUCCACAUCAUUCGCAGCAACAGCAUCAAUCUCAAGUGCCGACGUAUAAGUGGAUGCAGGUCAAGAGGAAUGUUCCGAAGCCAGUUGCGUCAAAAACCAAUCCGAAUGGAUCAGAAUAUAUUGGUGGUCCAAUUGGUGCUUCUGGAACGUCGGUCUUCGCACCGUCGGUAAAUACAGGUCCAGUAACCUGCCUUACCGGCGGGACUUUAGCCGGACUUUCCAACAGUUUCAACAAUACCGGCCGGACAAAUUUUACGAAUAAGCAGCUCACCGAGCUCGAAAAAGAAUUCCACUUCAAUAAGUACCUGACAAGAGCAAGGCGAAUAGAAAUUGCUUCAGCGCUUCAGCUCAACGAGACACAAGUGAAAAUUUGGUUUCAAAACCGAAGAAUGAAGCAAAAAAAGAGGAUGAAGGAAGGACUAAUACCGGCUGAUGGUGCCGCCCCAAACUCAACAAGUCAACUAGGUGGCGCCAGAAGUAAUAGCAAUUCUCCCACGGGGUCUUCAAAUAUGGAAGUUGGGGGUCUUGCCUUACACAAUUUUACGAGCGAUAACAGCCGAGAAUCGCCUCCAAUGACGACAAAGGAAUGACAUUAUCAUUAAGCGAGAGAGUGGCAUAUAUUUUGUAAUGAGAUCAUGGAUCACGAAAUCGUUCUUGUAAACCAAAAAUUGUAGAAUGGUACCGAAGCAGGCGCAAAGUAAGCUUUUCCACCCUUACACUGAAGAAUCGAGCGGAAAAGGCUACUUUCCGCCCGCAUCGUCUCUGAGCGGAAAAAACUCAUUUUAUACAUACUUUACAUACACGAAAAAGACAUACUUUCGGUGCAAGUUGAACCAGGCCUGAGAUUGUCUAAAAAUAAGUAUUUUUUUAUGAUAAAAU